GGACUAGCUGCUGCGUCACCUGCUCCGCCGCUCUCGUCGGCCAAUCAGCGCGGGACCUCUGCCAUCCCUUCCUUUGUUGCCGCCCUUCUUCCGCCCGCCUCCGUCUUAUUGCAUCUUCAUCUUCAUCUUCAUCGUCCUUGUCAUCGUCAUCGUCACCCUCUGACCCCUUUUCAAACCAUCGAUCUCAUCUACCCUGGUCCCUCGUUUGUUUCUCGCGAUCCUGCCUGUCGCCGUGGGAUCCGUACCUUAUCUCUCGCCGCCAUGAUCGUCCGUCCGUUCCUGGUCGGGAGCGCUAUCGCUCUAGGCGCCAAUGCUUUGCUUGUCGUCCCCGAAACUGAAGUCGACGCCGUCGCCUCUCUCGACGAGCUGACUCUUCGUCCGUUGGAGUCCUUGACGGCCAGCCAGCAGGAAGUCAUUCUGGGCUGUACCGAAUGUCCAUUCCGGGAGGUUGACGAGAGUGGCAAAGUCAGCUGGACUGACGGCUUCGAAACAUCUCUGUCGUUGAACUUCUCGGUGGAAAAUGGGUUCUUGCUGGCCAACGACCGCCCCAUCUUCCCUCCCCCGCCGCCGACUCACUUGACCGCCGUCCAGCGUCGCCUGUCCGACGGCCAAGAGUCGGAACCUAUUCAGCUGGGAUACGCGGUUGAAAUGAUGCCGCUACAGACACCGCCCGACGAGCCGAUGGACAUGGUCGCCGUCCGUUUUACCGUACUCGACCUGGAUGGCCACCCCGUUCCCCUCGACACCGUGGCCCUCCACCUGGUCCACGACUCCGCCGCCAACCUGUUCUUGGCCAAGGCCACUAUCGAAGAAACCGCUCCGUCUCGUGUGUCUUGGAGGCAGUGCCGGGGCAAGCCCAAGUGUCUGAAACGGCUCUUGUUCGAUCGCAUCCGCGCCCUCUUCCACGCCGCCCGGGCCCGCGUUCUGGGACUCGGCGGCCCUCGACCGCACUGUGGAGGCCGGCCUCACGGAUUGGGACACCCUCCUUUCCCGCCUCACCAUGGUCCUGGCCCGGAAGGUUCCUGGGCGGAGGGUGACAUGGAGCGCCCGCCUCGUCCUCACCACCACCAUCACAUGCACCACGGCCACUGGGAGCGCACUUUCUCCCGGGUCGUGCGCUUCAUCGUUGUGCCGGCCAUCCUGGGCGUGUUGGCCGGACUGGCUGCUAGCGCUCUGGGUAUGCUGGUCGGUCAGAUCGUCGUCUUCAUCUGGCAACGCUAUCGCCGCUCCGGCUCCAAGCCCUCGGAGGAACGAGGCACCGUGGGUGAGAAGCAGGGCUUGAUGACCGAGGCUGCGGACGAGCUGCCUCCCGCUUACAGCGACGAGGAAAUGGCGGCCGAGGCGAUGCCCGCGGACAAGUCCUAAGUUGCCGCAUACUGACCUUUUGCACCUGAGAACGGAUGGAAUUGGCUCAAGGUACCGUUGGGGUCCGUCCGAACGGACCACGUAAACAAGGGUUUGGGAAAGAUUGUAUACUGGUAUUUUUUUCUAUUCUUUGUUGUUUUAAGGUUGAAUGACCUAACUCAAUAAUUCUACCUACCUUCCUUUACAAUGCAUUCCGGGGCCUGCAUUUUCUCUUUACCCCAUAUUCC